AUGGAAUUAUAUAAUAUAUUAAUUGAUAUUGCACCAAUUAAUUAUCCUUAUAAUGGCAAUAAUAUCUGCCAAACUAUUUUAACUAAACUUCAACUGCUUGGAUUAGAUAGUAAAGUAAAAGUAACAAUUACUGACAAUG